AUUCAUAGGGGGAAAUUGAAGCAGGAAAGAAAGGUAGAUCGGACGAGGCCAGCCUUAGAGCAAGCAAGUGUAGAAAGCUCAAAGGCCAGCUGAGCGCGAGUAACAAAUAACCCGCUGAAGGUCGGCAAAAGUUUUGGCAACAACCUCAAUGUUGGUCGGGAACCGUUCCUUGACGGACAUUGGUACGUUCGUGAGUUGAAAUAUCUGGUGACCGUUAAUUGCUUGAACAGUCGAGGAUGAUGACGGGGACAGGCGUCCCGAGCAUUCGUUCCAAUAGCGAGCCCUCAACCUUUGCCGAGACCGAGGACGACGCCAAUGAGGACGAGUAUGAUAAAUUUUCCAUCUCCUUGAAUCUGGGAGUCAGAACGAAUCCGAGAAUGGCCGCGUACAGAGUGGAUGACUCCAGCGACGAUGAGUCCAUGAAGGCUGAGGUGAAGCUGGACCGAUUGGCUUACAAUCAGGUCAAGUUCAAUGAGCGAUUCCAAUUUGAACUGCCGUCCAAGAGUAAGAAUACCAUGAGCUUUUGGGGUGCGUGCACCAAGGGUCUUAGGGAGUGGAACCCGUGGACCGUUUUGGUGCGAUUGUUCCCUAUCCUGCACUGGUUGCCCAAUUAUAAUUGGAGAAGUGAUUUUGUGUUCGAUGCAGCGGGCGGGUUCACUGUGGCUGUGAUGCAUAUUCCUCAAGGCAUGGCAUAUGGUAUAUUGGCCUCUGUGGAUCCAAUCGUUGGAAUUUACACAGCCUUCUUUCCAAUUUUGAUCUACAUCCUCAUGGGAACGUCAAGACACGCUUCUUUUGGAACCUUCGCCCUUAUAUCCAUUUUGCUCUUGAGUCCGAUCCAGAAGUACAGCUACUCGCCGAGAAUUCAUGCAGAGGAUGUGUCUUCAUCCACAGAAGAAAAAUAUUCUCAAGCUGAGGUCCUCGCAGCUCUGUCGUUUACAGUCGGUUUAAUUCAGGUUAUGUGCUCUAUUUUUCGACUCGGACAGUUCUGUUCGCUGUUGUCUGAUCCUUUGAUAUCAGGGUUUACCACGGGAUCGGCAUGCUUCGUGUUCACCUCUCAACUUGAGCAUCUCCUUGGGAUCGACAUUCCCAAAUUCUUUGGACCAUUUAAUCUCAUUAAGUUUUAUCGAGAGUUGUUCCUACAUAUCGACGAGACCAAUUUGACAACGUUGACCAUAUCCGUGACUUGUAUAUCGUUUUUGCUUCUCUAUGACCUUGGUCUAAAGAGCCAUGUCAAGUAUUACCUCAAAGGUGUCGAGUUCCCCAUUCAACUUUUGUGCGUGAUCAUCGGGAUCUUGGUGUCUCACUUCUUAAACUUGAACGAGGAUUACGGUGUCAAAAUUAUUGGACUGGUUCCAACCGGAUUGCCAUAUCCAACCAUUCCUCCAGUAAGGCUCAUCCCCAAGAUUGCUGUGGACUCCAUGAUGAUCGCCAUUGUCGGUUUUGUCAUUUCGUAUUCACUCGGGCGUCUCUUUGCCAAGAAGCACGACUACAAAGUGAAACCCUCCCAAGAACUUAUCGCCCAAGGCUGUUCAAGUAUGUUUGGUGCCUUCUUUAAUUCUCUUCCAAUUGCGGCUUCACUCUCAAGAUCUGCCAUCCAAGAGGAAUCCGGAUGUCGGACUCUCAUGUCCACGGCCGUCUCCGCUUUUGCACUCCUUUGGGUACUCCUCUUCGCUGGACCUUUGUUCAAGCCCCUUCCCAAUGCUAUUCUCUCAUCUAUUAUUGUGGUGGCUCUUCGAUCCAUGUUCCUCAAAGUCCGCGAGGUGGUCAGCUUCACUCGAAAGUCCAGUUUCGAUGGGCUGGUUUGGACACUUGCGUUCGUCUCUACGGUGAUCUUAGACGUGGAUUACGGCCUUUUGGUCACCUUCACCGUGAAUGUGCUCAGCGUUUUGCAUAGUAGCUUGACCCCGACGGUUCAAGUGCUUUCUGAGACAGACUUUUUGGAUCUCAACAUCGAUCCGAAGUGUUACCACGAUGUCAUUGAAUCAAGUGAUUGUAUGAUCGUGAAAAUUGCUGGAAAAUUGUGCUUUGCCAAUGCCAUUAAGCUGGAAGAGUCUAUAGAGGACACCAUAAACGAUCAAACCAAUGACAAGACAUUGUCGGAUCAGCCACGAUAUCUAUUACUGGAAAUGUCGGGUGUGUCCGAAAUGGACCCUGCGACGUGGAGUAUUCUUGAUGGUAUUCACAAAGUGUUGUUGAAGAAUAACCAAAUCCUCGUUAUAUCCGGCCUUCAAGGACCUUUGUGGAGCCAACGUCAAUUGAUGAGAAUAUUGGACGUGAUACCGGAACGCCGAUUUUUCCCAACCCUCCAAGACGCUUUAGCUGUGAUCCAUUCGAAACGUAAAUAGUAAAUCAACAUAGGCAUCAACAAAAAUGAAAUCUACUGAUGAACUUGUCAGAACUGUACAAACGUUUAGAAAGGCAAUAUAUUUCUCAUAAAUACUCAG